GCUCCACUAUGCUCAUGAUGAACCUUGUUAAAGAUGUACAACUAGAAAGCAGUUACGAGAGAUUUAGACCGUCGUCAACUGCGGUUGUUUUGCCUACUAUUUCCGAGGAGUUGGAGGUACUGGAAAAGACCGGGCAGACCUCACCAAUUUCCACCAAAACUGUCAAUUCUAAGGAGAGCAUUGAGAUGGAGGCUAGGAGACUGUCUAUUACGGCUAUACACAGUGCCUUUUCUGCCGCUGUAAUGGUAUCAGAGGGAGGUUGCCGAGCACGUGUAAAGCAGCUUGCCAGGUGCAAGAAAAUUACCCUGGGUGUGGCAUUUGGACUUCCUUUGCAAGAAAUCUGUUUAUCUUUCCUCAGUGCAAUUUGA